AUGACCACUCACGCGCUGCGCUUUCCCCCCUUUCCUCCAGUACCCCCAGGGACAGUGAUCACUCCGUUCGCGCAAUUUCGCGAAUGCGGGAUCCAGAUCGAGUUUGGUGCUGGGGAUGGAGAUAUCGAGCUUGACGGAAGGGGGAUUCCCACCAUAGAGCUUCGCACAAAGCAUGAUACAGAUGAAAGCAAGAGCGAAGCUCGUAAGAGAAAGAAAAGUCGGCAGCGACAGAAAGAUCGAGAGGAAGAGGAACAAAGGGCCCGUCAACGAGUAACGAACAACAGUGGCCCCAAGACCCCUGCGACGUUGGGGAAGCCUCUGAUCAAAGAAUGGUGGCAAGAUUGGGAAGAAGGCGAGAAUCUACGGCGUUCUACGGUUGCUCUUUCGUCUACACCAUUAGAUCGUAUUUCCGAAGUUGUACAUGACUUCUGGAAGCAUAGGAGGUGGCCUCCGCAUUCUCUUGGAGUCUUUCAUUCUUGGGAUAAGUUCAGGUAUUACAUUGGGAUACUUGACAAUCCAGAUCAGCAGGUACCUGGCCUCAAAUCGAAGCACAAGUCUGGUGAAGCAGACGAAGACGAAGAUAUCAUAUCCGAUGAGGAAUUUGAUGAGGGCCCUACCGUUGACAAUGUGCACGGCGCCGAGCGCGCUCGUCCUGAACGAUCCGAUGCCGAUGUGCUUAAACCGCCUCUGCAUAAAGGCCCAUCCGCUGAGGAGAAACUCGCUGCCUUCUUAGCGGACCCCGUUGGAUCCACUAAAGUCUUUCUUUCGUCUUAUAUGCGAGUCCGAGGGAUCAUGUGGGCCGAGCGCAAUUUGGUGUACGUACCCCGGCUGCUCAUGUUUUUCUUCGAGUACGUCUUGAGAUCGGCGGUAUUUGACACAAGCCGCAACCCCUUCCAAGCCGACGGUUACCCUCAAUCAGAGAUCGACGAGAUCCACCAAGAUAUGAAACGUAUCCAGGAAGGAAUGGUCGCUUCACUCGAGGUCGCAAAGCAAGCACUUGCUGAGCUUCCAUUAACCGCGGUGUUGGCGCAAUCAACGGAUCCAUGGGCCUUGAGUGACGCUGCUAAGGAUCACUGGGGCACGAAGGCCAAUGGUUAUCAGCAAGUAGCCUACGUGCCCCCAAUUGUUUACCCGGACACUAGCAAGGACGAACCAGCUGCAAAUCCUGAAGCGGAAGACGGCGUGGUGGAAGUGGAGAGGCGUGUUGUGGAGGUAACAGGAAUUGUUCAAGAGGACGAUCACGGAGGCAGGAAGAAGAAGGGGAAGUAUAUCGGUGCGGAACCAACAUCCAAGCGGGUCAAACUCGAUGCGAGUGUUGAAGAAGACGACAUCGAAGUAAGCGUGAAGCGGAUUGCUUCGAAGGCAGAGCUGGGUAGUAUGAACGUCGACGCCGUCGUCAAUCCUCCCUGGAUGAAGCCGAUCGAGGGCGACAUUGAAGUGGUUGAGGAAAUGACACCCAUCGUGGAUGCUGUAAAUGAUGUUCCCGAGGGGUGGGGCAACUGGGGCGAUGCGAGCGAAGGAGACUGGGGGUCCUCGACGGGUGUCUGGGGCCAGGAAGGCAACGGUCAGACCAGCACAGAAGAUUGGGACCAGACUACAUCCGCAGCUGAUUGGCUGGCUACAUCUGUGCCAAAGCUGACGGAUGUCCUCGGUGGUCCCACGACCUUACCCGAAACCCAUACACCGGGCGUUGUAGAAUCGUCAAUGCGCCGAAUCAAAGCGGUGUUGAGGCCGGGAGAAGGAGUAGCCGAGAAGUACCUGGGAGGUGAGGUGAAGUUCGACUCGAAGGACCCCGAGGAGAUGGAGGCAGAGCUGGGCCGCAGAUUUUUGCGUGUCGUUCUGGAGCCGUGGUUGUACACCGACGUAAAGCAGGAAGUAGGAGACAGAUCCCGCGGACGCGUCGAACGGCGCAUUCCCGCUCCGCAUGUCCAACGAAUCCCUGGAAUGGGAUUGCCAAUGUCCGGUGGGCACAGAAUCACGAAGGUCCACAAUAUGCUUGGGGACGACAUCACGAUCCUCAUCGAGGCGAAAGGAUCCAAAGGGGCGGAGACGAUCGAGUUGUUCGAGAAGGCUGUUGGCAUGGGUUUGGGCGGGUACUUCAUUGAGCUCGCUAGGAUAGAGGACGACGACAAAGAUGAGGAUUCUGACAUCGAGAUGGAGGACUGGGAUGAAAGGGUUAAUGCCGGAGAAGGAAACGAUUGGAGGCGUUACUGGUACAUGGAGGAGUUGACGAGGGUUUACCCAAGUUACUGGUCGCCAUUGGGUUUGAAGGCAAAGGGGGGUGAGAAAUGA